AUGCCCACCAUGGACUUGGGCGAUGUCCCCCCAACCUACAGGAUCGAUCUCUCUCGCCCCCCAGCCGAGCGAUAUGUUGAAGUUGCCAAGAAGCAUCGCAACGAGCUCAGAUCGCUCACCGCUCUCUUUGAUGGUCUGGUUGAGUGUAUCGCGCCCAAUAUCUCGCUGGAAUGGGUCAAACGCGUCGCGCGCCUUUUCUUGCGCCGGGUGUAUUCCAAGGAGGAAACGGAGGAGAUCCGCGGUAUCAGCCAGGCAACCGGCAUCGAGAUGUAUCUAAUUGUCUCGCUGAAUGUCCUCCUUGAUACGCUGAUGGGUUGCACGAGCGGCGCGGCGCGGUCCCAGGACAAAAAUACGACGCCCCGCAUGCUCCAUUUCCGGACGCUGGAUUGGGGGAUGGACGCGUUGCGGCGCGUGCUUGUGCAGUUUGAGUAUGUCCGCGGCCCGGAUUACGAUACCGUGCUGGCGACGAAUAUCACCUACAUUGGGUUUGUGGGAGUGUUGACCGGUGUCAGGAAGGGGUUGAGCGUGUCGUUGAAUUUUCGACCGAACCAUGAUUCGAGUGGGUGGUUGGGUGAUUUGCGCUUCUAUGGGAGCCAUCUUCUUGUUAUGCUGGGCUUGAGGACAUCCAUUUCGUCGAUGCUGAGGCAGUAUAUCAUUCCGCCGGAGAACCCACGGAAGACCUGGUUUGGUCGAUUUCUGGGCGUAUUGGUCAGGAGACGUCGGAGGGUUGCAACGCCGACACUGCGCAGUAUCUGUCAGGCAGUGAUGCGCACACCAUCCACGGCGGCGUAUCUGGUUUUAUGUGACGGGUUUGAAGCCACUGUGAUUGAAAAGGAUCAUCGGACUGCAAGGAUGGACUCCAGUUCAUCGUUCAUCGUUGCUACAAAUAACGAUUUCCUCGGUUCAGAACUUCGGUCGUACGACACGGCCACCGAUAUGUCCUUUGGCGCAGCGCUGACCUCUGGAGAGGCCGUCUCGAUGACCGAUUUCAUCGAAGAUAGUAGAGAGCGAAGAGCAUGUAUGCAAGCGCACUGGGACAAAAAGGUGGCUCAAGCUGCAGGGUCGGCCCAUGGUCGGAAGCCACGUCAUGAUCCUUUGCGUCGCACACGCUCCUCUAGAAAUCGAGUAGCAGAUUGCCCAGUCGGUUCGACAUCUACCGUCGUAGGCAAAGAGAGUGCAGAAACAUCCGAGAACCAUGAGAUCACCGCAACACCGGAGGAGAUAAUACAGUGGACGGCGACAUAUCCAACAACGAACGAGAUGACGCAUUUCUCAGCGGUCAUGGAUCCAACAAGUGGAAGGGUCAUCUGGAUUCAAAGGUUCCGUGAUCCUCUCAGUUUCGAAGAGACAUGGUAA